CUCUCUUUAAGUCACUCUCGAGAUUCAAUCACCAUAACAAUUUAUAAAAUAAAAAAAUAAAAAAGCUAAGCUCCUGAAGAAAAGUCCAAGUCUACUAGCAACUCCACCUUUUCUUCUUGUUUUACAAUUGCCUCUCCACUACAUUAUAUACACACGCACACACACUUCUCGAAAACAUUGAAGCACACAAAAGCUAUGGAUUGGUUCUCGUGGCUAUCAAAAACUGGCCUCGAGCCUUCUCUUGUGUAUGAAUACGGCCUUGCCUUUGCUCACAAUGAGCUUGAAGAAGAAGACAUAGCUUACUUUAACCAUGAAUUUCUUCAAAGCAUGGGGGUUUCUAUAGCCAAACACAGGCUCGAGAUCCUCAAGCUUGCAAGAAAGGAGAAGGGAUCGAGCUCACGUGCCAUGGCAAGGGUUCUUGUUGCAAUCAAGAGAACAAAGAGGUCUCUAGCUAAGUACGUAAGGACAUGGGUUCACCGCGAGGAGUCGGCUCUUGUUCUUGUUCCAAGGCCUGGUUACGGUACCAGAUGGAGAGGAGCCAUGUUGAAGAGGAACAAGAAGUUGAUGACGGCUAAACAAAGCAGGUUGUUGCUUACAAAUGGUAGUUUUUCGAACACUCCCAUGAUUUCUUCUGCGCCAGCCCUUGAUAGUUUUUCAAGUCCUGUGAUUUGUGAUCUCAACAAAGAGGAGAAGUUAGAGAACGAUGACGAAGGGUAUUGGACAACUGGUGUUGAAGAGUUCAGGUGGGAUGCCAUGUUCCAGAAUUUGAAACCAACAUGAAUUGUUUUUGUUUUCUUUAGUUUUUCCCUUUUUGAUUUCAGUUUAAGCGGUGAGAGAUGGCUUUUUUUGUGCUCUUCCACCAUAGAGUCUCGAGUCUAGUUUGGUAGUAACAUAUUGAUCUUGUUUUCAUUACUGGUGGGUGGGUGAGACGGGGACACAAUUUGGCACCAGGGUCUGUUUUAGCAUGAGAUGGCCUCCCUUGCUUGCGUGCUUGCAGGCAUAGGAAAGCAUUAGCAGCUUUAGUGCCUGUUACUGGAUUGAUUGUUUUAGGACAUGUAGUGAAGAAGAUUCUGUGCAGGAACAAGUCCAGCCAUAUUGUCUUUUGGUAAAGAAUAUGAUAAGAUUCACUCUUGUGGAUCGAUUUUACUCUUCUA